AUGGAGGGAAUUGAAUAUUAUAUUGAUGACAUGAUCACGCUUCCAGGCUUUGUACACCGUCAUCUAGCCCUUAUGCGUGAAUUGGACCAAAGGGCAUAUGAAGCGCAAUUGAAAGCAAACGAAUUGGAACUGGAGUACUUUAAAUUGGAUGUAUCACAGCAUUCUGGCAUUAAUUUUAGCGACAAGAAGGCGAAUUCGGGCGUUGGCAAUAAGGACAUCAGAAACCUACACGACCUAUUGAAUGGGAAAGUAAUACUAACGCCUAUAACUAGGCCAAUCCCCGAUGAUAGCAGCAAAGCAAUAGAAGGGAUUAACACAGACAUAAGUUCAGUCAAUGCUGAUGACUCUAACCAGAAUGCCAGUUGCAAUGGUACGAGAUCUAGGUCUAAAAAUAGUCCACCUACAUCUAAAGAUACUAGCGUUAAAAAUGCAACCAUUGGAAAAGAAUCGAUGACAAGCCUUGUGGAAAAUAUACAAAAGUAUAGGCAAGAGUCUGUACUCGCGCUGAGAGAGAAGAUCAACGUUAACGAUCAGCUCGUGUGUAUGCUAAAGCACGAAAAUGAACGGAUGAAGCAUCAAUUUGACAUUAUCUAUAGGGCUAUGGAGAAAAACGGCCAGUUGCCUCUUGAACUGAAGUUUAAGGUGGAAAAUGGGAUAGAUUUGAAAGAAGAAUACGAAAUACAGAGUGCUUCAGGAUUUUCAUCCGACUGUGAAAACUUUAAGUACAAUAAAAGCGACACAAAUAGAAUGCCAUCUAAAACUUCCACCUCCGAUACAAAACACUCAAGAUAUUUGAACUAUGAUAAUGAUAAAAAUGUGACUGGUGUGUAUAAGAAAUCGUAUGGUGAAAGUUACGAUGAUGUGUGGGACGGAAUAUGUCCCGUUUGCAACAAGGGCGAAGAUGCCCAAGACGAAUUUGGAAUGGUAGGCUGCGAUUCCUGCAACAAUUGGUUCCAUUUUCACUGUGUAAAUUACUCCAAUACUUGCCGUGAUGAACCCUGGUUUUGUCCCAAUUGCGAGUCAAUCCGUUAA